GGCAUUCUCGAUUGGAUUGCUCAACAACAAAAAUAUUCUUUUGGAAUUGCUGAUUUUACUGAAAUGGCUGGAUCCUUUGCUGUGUUUGAAGCUUUGGGGAUUGAAAAAACUUUUAAUGUUUUUGCACAUAUUAUUCUUCCUGCAAAUUUUCAAUUUUUUGGAAUUGAUAUUGUAAAGCAAAUUCGUGAAAAGAAAACUGUUAUUCCAGGUAGACUUUUGGUUAAAUUGUGGGGAAAGGUAUGUGUUCUUUGUUAA